CGUUGGGACAAAUAGCUUGGUAGGAUUCAACACGCGGUAGUUCAAUCAGAAACAAGGUCAGGCUCGACAAGAAACGUCGAGGAACGGACGGCAAAACGCUCCGCGGUAAGCGUCUUUGCAAAGAGAAAUCGCGCAAACGUUGCCGACACAUGAGACCACACCAAGGGUCAACGACGCCCGGAAGGACGUCCACGACUGACAGCGGGAUCGAGACAUCACCGCUACCGGGAUCAAGACGAGUACGAGUUGAUCAACGACAGCUACCAACGUCAUCCCGAAGGGUCAACGCCAUGGAGUGGAGCAUCAUCCUAACUGUCCUGCUGACGGUAAGCCACGUAAACACCAGAGAAACGGAAAAGGGGUUUACGGUAACCACGUUCGCCAGCAAUCCGGGAAUAUUUUAUGAAGAAAUCGGAACCCUAUCGGAAGCCAAGGCCACAUGGAGACUAGCCGUUAUCAUGGAUCUCGCGGCCUUAUUGAAACGUGAAGCCGACGUCAGCGCGAAUUUGCGGCUGCUAUUAGACAUCUGCGAGAAACAAGGAAGAGAUGACCUUCUCUGUCCAGCCAUUGCUGAUUCCGUAGCCAGGAUGGUGCGGAAAAUAGAAGACGGAAUGGGAACGGUUCACGACCUCGUGAAACCAGAUUCAGCGCGUAGGCGCAGGGGAUUGAUCGACGGGUUAGGAUCAAUUAUAGAGUCCAUCACCGGAAAUAUGGACGCCGCGGACGCGGAAAGGAUCAACCGAGAAAUCGCCGCCAUACGCUCCAACCAGCGAACGCUGAAGGAGAGCAUGAAGGACCAAUUACAGGUGGGCGAGUCCACAUUACACCUCUUCAAUGACACCUUCACUAACGUGCAGAGCAACGAACUGGCUCUCCAAGAACUCAUUGCCCAUGUAAACCUUACACUGACGGCAGAUCUGAGUAUAGUGAUCAAAGAACAAAGGCUAGAUGAGGGCUUCACCGCCCUAAGCGUGAUAGUAGAGGCACUACAGAAUGACGUGAAAGAAUUGGUUUGGCUAUUAGUUGAGAUUGCGAGCGGUAAGGUGAGUGCGGCGGUCCUACCACCGAGAAAACUCGCGGAGUACCUCACUGAUGCACUACCUCACUUACCGACAGGAACCGGAUUCCCGGUACCAGUUGAACGCAACGAAGCAUCUACGCUAAUGAGACUAGCCGAUACGAAGGCCUUCAGUCAAGGGAACGCCAUCGUCGUCAUACUCGACUUUCCGUUGAUAAGCCAGAAGAGGUAAUGCAUAAGCAAGGUAUACCCGAUACCCGUGAGGUCAGAGAACGGGGCUUACUACUACCCCGACACCUCGGAAGACCUCGUGAUUGUGGACCAGGAAAAUCGAAACUUCCUAAGAAUGACCAGCCUGGAAUUGAAGGAUUGUAAACAUUUCGCGAGCAGAUAUAUAUGCAAUCCCCUGCAUCUGUCAAUUUCUCUGAAGAGCUCAGCGCCGUGCGAAGUGCUGACGUUCGCGAAUAUGGACACGGGCAACGGCCUUCACUGUCCAAAGCAGGUUAUCGCGUUCGAUCACGUCCUUGUGAUUACUAUGCGCCAGCCGGGCAAAUGGUUAUUUGUAGCGCCCACCGACGAAUCUAUAAGCAUUACCUGCGACGGAAACCCCGUGUCGCACGAAACCUUAAGAUACGUAGGUAUAUUGGCUUUGGUAGGCGUAUGUACGGUAACCGCCUAGAGUUUCAGCUUGAGAAUCAUCCGACGCAUCACCCAGGUCGCUAACGAGAACUACUUGCCCCCCUUCAAUCUCAAACUAUCGGAGAUGGACCAAGUUAGCCCCCCGCGAGUGACCAGUGAUAUCGGAACGGUGAAGCUUGUUAAAGUGCUACGAAAUCCCGAGGAGUUAGCGCGCCUCGGGACGCGAGUGUCUAGCAUUAAGGCAAGCCUGGACCAGGACGACCAACACCUAGAACAAUUCUAUCACAAUCUAGGAUGCUACUCAUUGUGUACAAUAGCGCCAAUAGGAUUGGUUUGUUUUGUCGUGUACAAGUGCUACAAACGUAAGCAUAAUUCAACACCGACGACGCCGGCUCUCACGCCGAACUCGGUGUCGCCCGCGGUAAAUAUCCAGUUAGAACCGCUAGUUUCAAGGCCAAAUAGCCUCAGAGCGGCAUUAGAAAGAGCACGCGAAAGGCGUUUUCGCUGGGCCGACUAGAACCCGCAAGACAGAACCAAUGCUACGGGCAGACACCCCGGUUAGAUUAAGGGAAUUGUACCCAAAAUAAUCACGGAAGCUGUGCUCCACUAGGCUAAUGACCAGAAUCGAGUCUUCACUCGAGGUCACCACAGGCGAACGCCGGGUAGAAAUUGCGCGAUUUUCUUUAAGGGGGGAGGGAUGUUGUGCUGGGAGUCUCCUGACCCCAUUGAGAAAUGCCAGGCCAAGUAGUUCACGCGUGUAGCAAUGCGCUAAGU